CAAGAUGAACCAUUUAGGCUUUCUUUUUCAUAGAUCCAGAAGGCUGGACAUGUAUUAGCUACUAUAACAUGUUACGUUUAUUCGUAAGAUAAGUCCUCUUAGACAACACCAUAUGCCUUGUCUCUCGUUUUGUCCCAUUAUCAUAUCCCUCGGACAAUAAUUCAUUUAGCCAGUGGUUUCUUACAUAUCUUAUUAUUAUAUAUAUUCAUUGUUGCAAGCAUUCAGGACCAACCCAAAUCAUUCACAUCCAAAAGCAUUCAAAAUCCAGAAGCAUAUUUUCAAGGACUUUUCUCAAACCAUUAUCUUCGCAAGUCUCUAAGACAACCAUUACAGCAAUGGGUUUCCGUUUACCUGGUAUCAGAAAGGGAAUAUUUGCAGCCAACCAAGCAUCAUCAAAAACGGUGGAUGCACCAAAGGGAUACCUUGCAGUUUAUGUUGGAGAGAAAAUGAAGCGAUUUGUGAUCCCUGUGUCAUACUUGAACCAACCUUCAUUUCAAGACUUGUUGAAUCGAGCUGAGGAAGAGUUUGGAUAUGAUCAUCCCAUGGGCGGCCUCACAAUUCCUUGCAGCGAAGAUGUCUUCCAACAUAUAACUUCUUGUUUGAAUGGACAAUAAAUCUCACACUUUAGGAAGCUGACAUAGAUUAGUAGUGACAUUUUGUACAAUAGGCAUCUUCUCAAUUUGUAAAGAUCUCCCUUUCUUCAGAAACAGGGAAAGAAAGACAAAAUCUCAAUAUGUCAAAUUUUUUGUUUAAUCAGAAUGAAUUCUAUUGCUCAAGCAUCUUCUCUAU